AUGUCAAUCAUACCUUCAUCAACAUCAACAUCAACAUCACAAAUGUCACCCAACUACUAUCAUCAAUCAUCACCAUCACCAUCACAAUCACCAUCACAAACAUCACAAUGGAUAUGUCGCGCUCAUCCAUCAGCCGAAUGUAUAACAUAUUGUGCAGAUUGUAGCGCAGCGAUCUGUCAACAUUGCAUCACGAUACACUCGCGACAUCGAUUCGUGUCGCUGGACGACCCCUCUUUGAACAGCGCCAAGCACCGUCGUCUGCAGCUGCCGCUGUACGGCAGCGAGGAGCAUGCCAAGCUGCUGCUGGCCAAGUCCUUCUUCGAGCUGAAGGAGUAUCUGCGCUGCGCCGACGUACUCACGAUGAGCAAGUGCUGCACGUCGUCCGUCUCCAGGUUCCUGCGCAUCUAUUCACUGUAUCUGGCGUAUGAGAAGCGCUCACAGGAGGAAAGCAUCGUGGCCAGCGCGCAAGAUCCAGCACAGGCAGCCGCCGCGUCGACGGGCGCGUUUGGCGCCGACCCCAGCACCACCAGCGACUUGAAGCCUGCGUCCCAGGGCGACGCCAACUCUCCGACCUCUCACUUUAAGACGGUGAGCAAGGAGAUGCAACAGCUUGCGCAGCAGCUCGAGCAGUGGCUGGGCGAGUACGUGGACAUUGAGCAGCAAGACCCCUUCCUUUUGUACAUAUACGCGGCGAUCCUCAAGCAAAAGAACGACGUGGCGGGUGCCAAGUCUGCGCUGGUGCGCUCCGUCACUCACUACCCGUGCAACUGGUCGGCCUGGCUCGACCUGGCAUCACUCUGCAAUGACAUCCACUCAGUGUCCCAGCUCAUCCUUCCCGAUCACUUCAUGAAGGAGUUCUUCUUUGCGCACGUCACUCAAGAGCUUCAUCAAAACAAAGAGUCACUCCAAAUGUACGCUGCACUCUCCAAGACAUUCCCCAGGUCCAACUACAUCCUUGCUCAGACUGCCAUUGGAAAUUACAAUAUUAGAGCAUAUGACAUUGGCGAGGAAUUGUUUGGACAACUGUUGGAACGCGAGCCACAUAGAUUAGAAAGCAUUGAUAUAUACAGUAAUAUACUUUAUGUACAUAACAACAAAUCAAAGCUAAGUGUGUUGGCACAUAGGGCAAUGGCCACUGAGAAGUAUUGCCCAGAGACAUGUUGUAUCAUUGGCAAUUACUACAGUCUGCGACUUGAGCAUGAGAAGGCCAUCCUCUACUUCCAACGUGCACUCAAACUUAAUGACAAGUACUUGGCGGCUUGGACACUGAUUGGACAUGAAUACUUGGAGAUAAAGAAUGUUGGCGCAGCGAUCAAUGCAUAUAGACGUGCUGUGGACAUCAAUCCAAAGGAGUACCGUGCUUGGUAUGGACUGGGCCAGACGUACCAACUGCUGAAACAACCUUUGUACUCGCUGUUCUACUUCCAAAAGGCAACGUCACUGAGGCCGUAUGAUCCAAGGAUGUGGUGCUCCGUCGCCGGCUGCUACGAGAUUCUUGAACGCAUCCCCGACGCCAUUCGCUGUUAUGAACGUGCCGAGGACAACUUUGAUCGUGAGCGAGUGGCCUUAUCAAAGUUGGCCAAGCUCUACCAGGACAUGCAAAGGUAUGAAGAGGCGGCACACUACUAUCGCAAGAAUCUACAUCAUCGCGACGCUGAGAAGAUCGAUGGCCAAGAGACAAUCGACGCGCUACUCUUCCUGGCCAACUACCACAAGAACAUUGGUGAGCUUGAUCAAGCCGAGAAGUAUUGUCUCAGACUAUUGGACUAUGCUGGACCAGAGAAAGAAGAGGCCAAAGCUUUGCUGCGUGAUGUACAUUCUUGCAAUAAACAGUAA